UUCCUGAGCCGGACCCAGCCUUUUGGGCAGAACCUGGCCCAGCCUGCUUGCUGCUCUCCUCCGUUGGUUACCACCAUGACCCCGGGCAUCCAACCUUUCCAGAUCUUUGUAUUGUUCCUGGCACUUUCAGCUAUCACCGUCAGCACCCCUACCUCAGCUGACUAUGAGACAAGUAUAAGUACAGCUUGGGACCCAAGCGGCAGAAGUACAAAGGAGGACAACUCAUCAGCCAUGAUCCCCAGUUCCAUAGUUUCAACUAGCACACACAGACCCACAAGUACUACUGAUAAAACAGAAAUCAGUAGCCAUCCUGGUACCACGACCACACCUUAUACAGAUGAUAGCAUAUCUACUGCACCUGCUCUCACUGACCAGCACAAACACACUAUACUCCCUAGUCACCACAGCACAGCAUCUGUACCCACUGACCAGCACACACACACUACACCCCCUAGUCACCACAGCACCACAUCUGUACCCCCUGACCAGCACACCUCCACUACACCCCCUAGUCACCACAGCACCACAUCUGUACCCCCUGACCAGUACACCUCCACUACACCCCCUAGUCACCACAGCACCACAUCUGUACCCACUGACCAGCACCCCCCCACUACACUCCCUAGUCACCACAGCACCACAUCUGUACCCACUGACCAGCACACCUCCACUACACCCCCUAGUCACCACAGCACCACAUCUGUACCCACUGACCAGCACACCUCCACUACACCCCCUAGUCACCACAGCACCACAUCUGUACCCCCUGACCAGUACACCUCCACUACACCCCCUAGUCACCACAGCACCACAUCUGCACCCACUGACCAGCACACCCCCACUACACCCCCUAGUCACCACAGCACCACAUCUGUACCCACUGACCAGCACACCUCCACUACACCCCCUAGUCACCACAGCACCACAUCUGUACCCCCUGACCAGCACACCUCCACUACACCCCCUAGUCACCACAGCACCACAUCUGUACCCCCUGGCCAGCACACCCCCACUACACCCCCUAGUCACCACAGCACAGCAUCUGUACCCACUGACCAGCACACCCCCACUACACCCCCUAGUAACCACAGCACCGCAUCUGUACCCCCUGACCAGCACACCCCCACUACACCCCCUAGUAACCACAGCACCACAUCUGUACCCCCUGACCAGUACACCUCCACUACACCCCCUAGUCACCACAGCACAGCAUCUACACCCACUGACCAGCACACCUCCACUACACCCCCUAGUAACCACAGCACCACAUCUGUACCCCCUGACCAGCACACCCCCACUACACCCCCUAGUAACCACAGCACCGCAUCUGUACCCCCUGACCAGCACACCCCCACUACACCCCCUAGUAACCACAGCACUACAUCUGUACCCCCUGACCAGUACACCUCCACUACACCCCCUAGUAACCACAGCACCACAUCUGUACCCACUGACCAGCACAUCCCCACUACACCCCCUAGUCACCACAGCACCACAUCUGUACCCACUGACCAGCACACCCCCACUACACCCCCUAGUAACCACAGCACCACAUCUGUACCCACUGACCAGCACAUCCCCACUACACCCCCUAGUCACCACAGCACCACAUCUGUACCCCCUGACCAGCACACCCCCACUACACCCCCUAGUAACCACAGCACCGCAUCUGUACCCCCUGACCAGCACACCCCCACUACACCCCCUAGUAACCACAGCACUACAUCUGUACCCCCUGACCAGCACACCUCCACUACACCCCCUAGUAACCACAGCACCACAUCUGUACCCACUGACCAGCACAUCCCCACUACACCCCCUAGUCACCACAGCACCACAUCUGUACCCACUGACCAGCACACCCCCACUACACCCCCUAGUAACCACAGCACCACAUCUGUACCCACUGACCAGCACAUCCCCACUACACCCCCUAGUCACCACAGCACCACAUCUGUACCCACUGACCAGCACACCUCCACUACACCCCCUAGUAACCACAGCACCACAUCUGUACCCACUGACAAGCACACCUCCACUACACCCCCUAGUCACCACAGCACCAUACCUACAAAAAGCAUUCAAAUCACUACAACAACAACUGGUAACCCCAAGAGUAUUUCUUCAACCCUUCACCACAAAACCACACCUGUCCCCAACAAUAACCACAGCUCUGUGUCACAACCCAUUACUAUCAGCCAAAGAACCUCUCACUUCCCAGUUGUCAUUUCUGAGAGCAUAUUUUACCUCUCAUUCCGCAUCACCAACAAGGAUUUUAACUCUUCCCUGGAAGAUCCCAGCUCUUUCUACUACAAAGAAUUGAAGAAUUCUAUUAAUGGUCUGUUGCAGCAGAUCUACAGAAACAAGACAUUUUUGACUUUUUACCUGCUCCAGUUCAGAAAGGGCUCUGUGGUUACAGACUGUUUGGUGGUCUUCCAAGAGGACAGCAUUACAACCAGUGAAGUACAGAACCUGUUUGCUGAAAAUGUGAUGAAAAGUCACCUAUACAACCUGACUAUUUCACCAUCAGAUAUAACUGUCUAUAUGUGGAAUUCUAAAACCUCAUCUACUGAGUCUGCUGUGCCCGGCUAUGCCAUUGCUUUGCUCGUGAUUGUCUGUAUCCUUCUGGCUUUGGCAAUUGUCCACCUUACUGCCCUGGGGCUAUCUUGGUUCCGCCGGAAACAUUGUGGACAGCUGGACAUCUUCCCAUCCCAAGAUUCUUACCACCCCAUGAAUGAAUACCCCCCUUUUCAUACCCAUGGACGAUACGUGCCCCCAGGCAGCACCAAGCGCAGCCCCUACGAAGAGAUCUCUCCAGGAAAUGGCAGCAACAGCCUCUCCUAUGUGAACCCAGUGGCCACUUCUGCUAACCUGUAGAGGACUGGUGCCAGUUCUAUUCCCUGGGGCCAAGCAGUGCCGGGGGCACUUCCCCCAUUUCUUGGCCUCCACCCUUCCCCCUCCUGGAAGGGAAGACAAGGAGUCCUGAGUGGGUAGUGUCCCAAGGGUCCCUUUUCUGAAGGCCCCUUAGACGCAGCCCCCCACCCCUCCCACCCCCCUUAAUCCAUUUUUCAAUGAAGUUGUCAGAGACUGCCUGCUGCUAUCCCACCCUUAUGCCCUGUCUUGAGAGACAGUGACGCCUUCUGGCAGAUGAUGGAACCAGAGUGGGUUGGGUCUGGGGGUAAGAGCGAUCUGCAUGUGACUGAAUAAA